GAGAGGACUGCUGCUUCAUCCGCACUGCUCUUCACACACCAGUUUCCAAUCUCACUGAGUGACACUUCUGCAUUUAUUGAUCCCAUUGAGUGAGAAGUCUGCAAAUUCUCUUUAACAGUUCGUUUAAAGAUGUUGGCGUGCACCGAAAUCAUCACGAUGUGUCUCCAGUCGGCGAAGCGCGAGCAUCUCCGCUCCAAACAGCAGCAGCAGCAUCAGAUCCAGGAUGCGGUUCACGGACUGUCCAUCUUUCACGACAUUUUCCGCCGUGCUGACAAAAACGAUGAUGGUAAGCUGUCUUUUGAGGAGUUUAAAGCAUACUUUGCCGAUGGGAUACUCACAACCGACGAGCUUCGGGAGCUGUUCUUCUCCAUCGAUGGACGACAGACACAUAACCUCGAUACAGACAAACUAUCAGAUUACUUUUCUCAGCAUCUUGGAGAAUAUAUGGAUGUUCUCUCAGCGUUAGAGAAACUCAAUGUUGCCGUGCUAAAGGCCAUGGACAAGACGAAGGAGGAGUACCAGGGUUCGUCAGUUCUCGGGCAGUUUGUGACACGUUUCAUGUUGAGGGAAACAUCUAGUCAGCUGCUGUCACUCCAGAUGUCUCUGCAGUGUGCUAUGGAGGCCGUGGAGUCUCAGAGCAGCACCUCUCCAGUGGAGGUUGUGAAAGUCCCGGAGCAUCUGGCCGUACAGAAGAACAACAAAAGAUGUGGCCGUCGAGUACAGAAGAACAUGUGUCUGUCACCUACUGAUCCAUACUCAGGCAUUCUCACUACUGGUGUUACUGUAGAUACAGAUGAACACUGGUGCUCUCAGAUCAACAGACUGCAGCAACUCAUCGACAAACUGGAGUGUCAGAGUCCAAAGUUGGAGCCUCUGAAAGAAGAUACUCUGUCCAGCACAUAUAAAUCAAACAUUCUUCUGGUUCAGAGACAGAUGAUGGUGAUAGAGAAUGAUCUCGAGGAGUUUCAGAAGGCUCUGAAAACUUAUGCCGACUCCACCGCCAAUCAAAACGACAACAUACAUGUGUCCAUUCAGAAACUGCCUGAGAAGAGCUGCUACAUCAUAUAUGAAUUUUGGCAGGACCGUAUUUCCUGGAUGAGUUAUUUGCAGUCUGAUGCCAGUAAGAUGUUUCAGCGUUGUAUUAUAGACAUGCUGGAGGAUCCUGAGGUGGUCUCCACUAUGCUGAUGCCAGCGUCGUGGUGGAUCAUGACAAACAACUAACAGCAACAAAAACACUUCAACGCCCACAACCGAACCUGUGUCUAAAAAUGACCCCUGCACAUCUUUGAAUUAAUAACUAGCUGUAAAAGAAAGAUGAUGAAUCAUAUGUAACUGUGACACACACACACACACACACACGCCAUAUUUGUGUCGCAUUUGAUAUAUAAUGUUCUGUAUGUAUAAUAAUUCACCAAAUAUAACAUGCUAACAGGUUUGUGCACUAUUCAGAGUUAAAUUAAGAAUGCCUGAAUUUAAACGAGAUACCAAAAAGGAUGUAGAAUUAAAUUUAAGGUAGAAUUCAAAUGGAAUGAAAUUCACAUAACUGCUAACUAAUGUGUCGUUUUUUAAUAAUACAUACAUUUUUUCGGUGUUAAUUACCAUCAAUGUUAUCAUACUCAACAUAUAGUGUAUUUCCAGAAACGUUACAGUAGACUAUAUGCAUUAUUCAUGCAUAAAAUGCCACCUAUAGACAUUUUUAUUUUGUUUAAAUUAAUUUUAUAAUAUUUAAUACAUAUAAAUAUAUUUAUAUAUAUUUAACUGGUUGGCCAUGGGUGAAGAACACUACUUGAUAAUCAAUAGAUUAAAAAUUAUGUCAAUAUUAUACUUAAAAAGUUACCAGAAAACAAUGUGAUAUUUAGUCACUAUAAUUAUUUGUUUGCUUGGUUUUUUUUUUUACCAAAACGAGACAGAUUUCCCGAUUCAAUUGCAUCUAUUCAAUCAAUAAAUAGGACACUAUAUUUAAUAUAUAAUUUUUGUUACAUGUUCAUUGUUUAAUUGCAUAAUUUGUACUAUUUACAAGUAUUACAUUAAUUAAUUGAUUUGAACAUGUGCUAAAACCAGUACUGUCUCUUUAAGAGAACCGGCAAUUCUGUAAGUGAGCGCAUGUUAAUGAGAGAGACUGUGCUGUGCGUGAUUAGAAUUAAAUGUUUAUUUUGUUGUUUUUGACUGUAGAGAUAGGGUAUUAUUGUAAAAGAGACUUUAUUCAAUGACAUGCAUUACGUGGAGCAACUUUUGCUCUCAACACACACUGAAAGGAUCUCCACCAGUUUAUUACACAAUCACUGCUGAGUGAAAUAUGAGCAUUUACCAGCCAUUGCCAAAUCUAUACAUUUUAGCCAUGCAUAGCAAAUUCAAGUGCUUUCCUUCCUAUUUUUAAAGGAGGGUUGUGCACAGAAUAAAAGAUUGAUCUUGUGAUUUAACGAUCGAUAUAGAGAUAAAAUCUAUAUUUUUACCCACCCCUAAUUGUGUGACUGUUGAAGGGAGCGAUUUCUUUAAGGAAUAUUCCGGGUUCAAUACAAGUUCAGAUCAGUCGACCGGAUGUGUGGCAUAACGUUGGUUACCACAAGACUCGUCCCUCGUUUUACUGCGACACCCAGAAAUCUGUGUCGCAGUAAAACACUUACGAUAUAAGUCAAUGGGGUUUAAUCAUAGACUGUAAAAAAAGAUGGCCGACACCCCUUCGCUCUUUUCCAUUGGUGAGAACUGAAGCCGCCAGUGUCCCGAUAUGGCGCUGACAUCUUGGGACUUGAGUCUGCGCAGUUGCGAUUUCGGGACCAGACCUGCGCAGUAGUGAGCAGGAAGUAAAGCUGCGAAAUCAAGGCCCCGCCCUCACACUCGCUGAAUCAAUCGCAAAAAAUAAUUGAAAUACUUAAUUAUUGAAAUUUAGAUAUUAAAUUUAAAGAUCCAAUCUGUCCUCCGAAGAUCCCGAAAAAAAAGUCUGUUGGUGCUUCAGUGACUACUUCGCUCAGAGAACCUGUCAAUCACAGCUGUCAAUCAUGAUGUCACAGCACCGUUUUUAUAGCAUCAAAUAACUAAAAACAAACUUAUUUUGAAAACAAACACUUGAAAUGACAUCAACGUGAUAGAAACGACAGUAAAUGACAGAAACUAUCUUUGGAAAAAAGCUAUGUGAAGUGUAAUUUAAUUGUUUAGUUGGUCUCACGUCCUGUUGAAUAACAUGGGGAGGCGGGGUUUAUGACCUAUACUAGGACCAGCCACCGGGGGGCGAUCAAGACGUUUUGGCUUCACUUUUGAGGGCUUGUGCGGCAUCACUUGGGUUUAAUCUGUAAAUGUUAAAAUACUGUUUCAAAAGUAUAGACACAAGACAUAAACAAUAUGAGUGUUAACAUGAUUUUACUGUCAUUAAAUCUCUUACCUUUCUGUCUUAUGUUAUAUCUAUUUUUACAACUUUGUUGCCAUGACGACGUAACACUGUGAACCCUAAAACGACCGUUAUGGAGGGACAUCAUUGUUUUUGUGGUAAUCAAAUCGUUGCCACAAAUGCUCUCGAUUGAUCUUAAUUUAUAUUGAACCCAGAAUAUUCCUUUACAUUUUUAAUUUUGCUCACAUGCAUGGUGGUAAUAUUUCUGGCAUGCAUAAAGAAUCAAAGCAUAUUUUGCUCCGUGCAGACAUUUAAGAGGCUUUUGAAUCCAGCAGCUUUGAUGCAGAUACAGCAACUCACUAUGAGCAAAAUAUUAACAGAUAAAAAAACAAACAACAAAUGUUGUAUUCUUGUAAAUAAUUAAGAUCGCACUAAUGAAAUAAACUGCUUCUUGAGACUAUCAACUUUUACUUUAAGAAAAUACGAACUGCUAUUUAAAAGUGCAUGCAAAUGAGAUGUUUUGACAAAAGUCAUUGUUUGUUCACAGAGAUUAUUUCUCCAGAGAAGUCUGAAAUAUGCAAGUCUGUGAAUAGGAUACACUUGUAAUGAAGAUGCAGCUGACUAAAGGUGUUUAAUUUGACUAUGUAGACAUUAUAAAGGCCAAAGUAUACUUCGGGUGCGCGCGUUGCGGAUCAUCCGCGCACAGUAUGAGUGACGCAAAUUGCGUCAUCUGCACAGCCGCGCGCUUGACCGCACGCCACCUCGGCUGUGCGCAUCGUCUGCGCAUGCGCUGGCCAUUGACCGAGCUGAGUGACACGAAGCAGUUGCAGUGCGCAUGCGUCUAACAUGUUCCUAUUCGUUCGCUGUCAGAAAAAUAUGCUCAGAAAGGCAAAGCGGUCGGCCGGGCGCGACCGGAAGUAUAACUGGGCCUUAAGACAGUGGUUUGACUGUCAUAUUGUCAUAUUGCAAGACGUUGUACAGUUUAUGCAUCUUAAAUAAAAUAAAAUAAAUUACUUUGCUUUGUUUUUUAUGUCGUUUAGUUCAUUGAAUGAAAAUAA